AUGAACACCAUGAGCUGCGAGGGUGACAUGAGGUCUCUUUUGAUGGCCCUAACAGUCAACCCGGCCGAGCGGAGGAGAACACAAAACAGACUGGCAAAGCGAAAGUCCCGGAAAGAGUGCCGCAGCAGCCGCCGCAGCAACGAGCCAUGUCGCGUCAUCAUCCACAGCAACAUCAGCAACAACGACGAGGAGGUCAAGAAGCGCUUCUUCUUCACCCCCAACGGUCACAGCAAGUCACUUGCCGAUCCGUUCGGUUCACUUCAGACCCCGCCGCAUGAGCCGACCCAAGACUUUGGGCAGGCAGCAGUAAUUUUCCCUGCUUCGGAAAUGGGAGUGUCUGGAGAAGCUGCUCCACGGACGCUGCAACGAAACGCCGUCACUGAUGACCUUGACGCGAGCUCAUAUUCAGCGGGAAUCCCCCACAGCUUGAACACUGUCGAGUUCAUUGAGCCGUGGACAUUAGACGCCAGCAUGACACUCAUGACACCAAACAGCAGACACGAAGACAUGUCCGACCUUUCAACAGAAGAUAUCCUUACAUUAGGGUUUUCGAGACCAACUCAAGGAAGCCCUUUGCAUAUUGCGGCAACACACGGCCACAUCAACGUGGCUAAAACGCUGAUCCUCCACGGUUCGGAUGUCAAUGCCGCGGAUAAAGCUGGGCUGGCCCCGAUUCACUACGCGACACAAAACAAUCAGGGUCCCAUGGUGACCAUGCUUGCGGAGCAUGGAGCUGACGUCGACUUCUUGGACCCGGACGGUUGCACGCCUCUCUACAGAGCGGCGGAAAGUGGGAACAAAGCAAUGGUUGAGCGUUUAUUGCGACACGGAGCGAAGCUGAGCUAG